GUCCCGUGGCUCUUUGAGGGACGAAGCGGAACAGAGAGAACCGUCGCUGCCGCUGAGUUGUAGCUCUCGGACUGUUUACCGAUCCCGGAGUUAAAAAUCGCCUCCGUUUACCGUCUCUACAUCCGAUCCCCGGGGUUUUUUAGAUCAUCACCGGCCUGCCUGAACAUCCAGGGCCGGGGGUGGGUAUGGAGUCUCACGGCAGGGACGACGUUAAGGGGCCGGUGCUGCACAUCGUGGUGGUUGGAUUUCACCACAAAAAGGGCUGUCAGGUCGAGUUCUCCUACCCUCCGUUGAUGCCGGACGAGGGUCAUGACAGCAACCUGCUGCCUGAGGAGUGGAAGUAUCUGCCUUUCCUGGCUCUGCCUGACGGGGCGCACAACUACCAGGAGGACACUGUGUACUUUCACCUGCCGCCGCUCAGUGGAGACAUGAAGUGUGUGUAUGGAGUUUCCUGUUAUCGCCAAAUAGAAGCAAAGGCCUUAAAGGUCCGGCAGGCUGACGUCACCAGGGAGACGGUUCAGAAGAGCGUCUGCGUCCUCAGCCGAGUGCCUCUCUACGGUCUGCUCCAAGCAAAACUACAGCUCAUCACACAUGCCUACUUCGAGGAGAAAGACUUUUCACAGAUCUCUAUUCUAAAGGAACUCUACGACCACAUGAACGGGUCUCUGAGGGGUUCGACUCUGGAGGGAUCACAGGUUUAUUUAGGGUUAUCACCAAGAGAUUUAAUACUGCACUUUCGACACAAGGUUCUCAUCCUCUUCAAGCUCAUUCUGCUGGAGAAGAAGGUGCUGUUCUAUGUGUCUCCUGUCAACAGACUAGUCGGAGCUCUGAUGACAGUUUUAUCGCUGUUUCCAGGUAUGAUCGAGCACGGCCUGGUGGACUCGUCCCACUACAGACCCAAGAGCAGCGUGUCGGAGGAUCUGAGCCUGGUGGAGAGCGUCUCCGGCGCCGAGGAGUUCGUCUCUGUGUCCGUCACCGAUAUUGCCAACACCGCCCUGGAGCUGGAGGGGCAGGAGGAGAGCGCCCAGCUGCCCGCCACCACCACCACCACCACCGCCGGAGAGUCACUGUCCUCGGGGGACAGCGGCGAGGGGGACAACCACCUCCUCAAACCCCCAUCACGCACCUCCCCAGAGUCAUCAGAGAGUGACUGGGAGACUCUGGACCCCAGCGUGUUAGAGGAAGGUGGCGCUAAAGAGGCGACCGAGACAGGGACGGAGCUGCUGGACGCGUUUGACUCCAAACCGGGGACGCCCAUCACCGUGCAGCCGCAGGCGGUCAGCGGUCAGGGAGGGGUCACCCAGGGCUUGGUGUCCGGUCUGGAGGAGGAUCACUACGGGCUGCCGCUCGCCAUCUUCACUAAGGGUUACCUGUGCCUGCCCUACAUGGCCCUGCAGCAGCAUCACCUCCUGUCAGACGUGACCAUACGAGGCUUCGUUGCCGGGGCGACCAACAUUCUCUUCCGGCAGCAGAGGCACCUGAGCGACGCUAUUGUUGAGGUGGAGGAAGCUCGCAUCCAGAUCCAGGACCCAGAGCUCCGCAAGGUCCUGAGUUUGACAACGGCGGACCUGCGAUUCGCCGACUACCUCGUCAAGCAUGUGACGGAGAACCGAGACGACGUCUUCCUGGACGGGACGGGCUGGGAGGGCGGAGACGAGUGGAUCAGAGCCCAGUUCACCCUCUACCUCCACUCGUUACUGUCCUCCACACUACAGCAAGAUAACGAGAGGCUGCUGGCUGAUUAUGGCGUUCCGUUCAUCACGGCGUGGAAGAUCACCCACAACUACCGGGUGUGGUACAGCAACAAGCACCCCGCCAUGACUGCCAUCACCCCGGGACACCCGUUCCAGGGCCAGUACAGUGUUGCUGAUGUGAAACUCCGUCUGUCACACUCGGUGCAGAACAGCGAGCGAGGGAAGAAGAUCGGAAACGCCAUGAUCACCACCAGUCGCAGCAUGGUCCAGACGGGGAAGGCAGUGGGUCAGUCAGUGGGUGGAGCAUUGACCAGCGCCAAGUCGGCCAUGUCCUCCUGGUUCUCCACACUGGCCCAGCCUGCAGCCGUAACCCCUCCGGUUAGCCCAGAGCCAGCCACCGAGGCCAAACCGUGACCCACCAGUGGCCCCCGUGGACUCUGUCCCCCGUCGUCCUCUGAUCCUCAGUGGUCCGAGAGCUGGUUUUAUGAAGGAAAAUCCAAGUCUGAACCAUAAAACCCCCGACGGUCACAUCCCUGAUUGGAGACUUUCCAGCGUAUUAGCAGGAUGCCACUCUGGACAGAAAGGCAGCACUGCCGUUAUACUAACUGUACAGUCCAUAUCCACUGUGAGGCAAAGACUGCCAGUGCUUUUGAUCAAAAACCAGAAAUUUCAGCAGGCUGCAUCAUGUCUGACCUCCUGUUUCUCACUGCUGCAGUUUGCUUUCCUGUGAGACACUAAAGAUGCUGUUGUUGGGUUUGCGGUGUUCACUCUUUGCUGCAUAUUUUUAGAGUUUGUCUAUAUAGCCAACUAUUUUGCUGACGAAGAAAAACAAAACAGGAUUUGACAGGAGAGCAUGAGCAGUGGCACCUCUAAAGAUUUUAACAAUUUAGAUUUUAAAUUCAGCUGGGCUCCUGUUUAUUGAUGCCUCUGUAAUGAUAUUGUGGUUGUCUCUGCAACAGCUUGAAUUCCUAUGUGAAAUAUAACUGUGUAAAAAUAUAUGCUGUUUAUCAAGUAAAUGCCAAACAUUUAGUUUCCUGCCUCUCAAAUGUAAACGUAGCUGGUUGUAUUUAUUGUUAAUUGUUGUAAAUGUCUCAGACAAAGACGUCUAGGGACCCACGAAACUGACAAACCAUAGCAAAAGGUCAUCAAACAGGUCAAAAAUACAACCAAAUACAUCAAUAAAAAAUAUUGUUAGCUAAAUAAUUAGAUGGUAAACAUAAAAAACUGUAAGAUUUUUCCUUUAACCUUCAAUCAGCUUGGAUAAAGAGCAAAAAAUAUUCUAUUUUUUUUCUGUAAGGAAAGCCUUAGCUAGCUAAGAAGGUCAGCUAGCAAAUGCUACUUAAGAGUUUUUAUAUUAAUAUUUGAUGAGAAAAGGGACAUUAGUCAUUGCCAUCAAUUACGUCUAUUAUUGCUAAUGUAUUUUUGAUUACAACAAGAGACAUUAACUUAAAAAAAGGUAGUGCUAUAAAGAUAGAAACACAGUGCUAUAUAAAUAUCCAAGUCAUGUUAGCUAGCUAAUUUUGUUAGCUUGCUACUUUCGUUAGCUUGCUAGGCAAAUUUCAUUAGCUUUUAUUAGAUAUGUAAGAGAAGUAAAAACCCAGAAUAAAAAAUUGAAGGAAUAAAAAUAAAACAAGUUAAUGAAUGCUGUUACUGAAAUAACCACAAUGUCAUUACAUAAAUCCUUGAGAACCUAAUGCCUGAUUUUGUGCCCCAAUGAACGUGAUAAAACUUCCCUUAACUAUGAAGGAACCUGCACCCAGCUGUGUGUUUGACAGGGUGUUAUUAACCCUCACCCAGGCCUUUUUAUACUUUGCUGUCAGUAUAUAUAUAUAUAUAUAUUGGGAGAACUAUAUUUAGUAAAUCUAAAGAUACUAUCAAGUCAGAUAACUUAUUUAUUUGUUGUGUACAAGCUUGUUAUCUCAUAAAUAUCCAUGUUUUUGUCAUGACAACACUGGAACAAGUCCCAAAUCCAUGGACCACUGUGUGUAUUUGCACAAAGCAGCCAUUAUAUUCUGUUUAUGUGAACCUUUAUCUUGUAUAACUGUAAUUUUGAGGUGCUUACGAGAUGUUUUCCCUCCAUGCUACAAGUAUUCGACGGCGGUUGAAUUAAAAGUGGUCCAGUGAGCAUGCUCUGUCCAGUCCAGUUUUACAGUUGUAACAAGUGUCAUCCUGCUAUCUUUAAAAAUGUUUUACGUUUCCUUUUUUUGUUUUUUUGUUUUUCUUUAUGCUUUUAAACCCUUUUCAGCCAUUGACUCAUUUCUUGAAUCAGCUUUUGAUUUCUGAGAAAAUAUUAAAGUUAAAGCUGCUUUUUGUGUCUUUUUUUUACCCUCUGAUGAUAUAUUUUUCAUUUUGUAUUUAAAAGAUAUGAAUGUAUUGUGAAUUCAGAUUCACAGAAUAUUUUCUUGACAGAUGCUUUUAAUGUAUUUGAGGAGAAAGUGAUACUAUAUUAUAUUGCUGUAUUAAAAAUAAUUAAAAUACCACAGGCUUUUA